AUGAUGCAGUCCCUCUGUCCGCGGAAGGAGGCUUUUGGUAGUGCUGUGUGAUUCCUACCAGCUGUUUCCCGCCUUGAAAGACAUCCGAUCAGCUGCAACUACACACAUACACGUACAUGCAGAAGGAAAGAGAGAGAGAGAUUGAGAGCGCCACACAACGAGGGAACCCUAUCAGCUGGAAGUAGAGUAACGUUUGGAACUCCGACUGCUCUCCUACUACAUAAGGAAUUUUCCGAAUUAUGAAAUUAUUCUAGAUUUAUGAGCAAGGGAAUUUGCACCUGAAACUGGAACAUAUUUUGUGCGUUAAUUCAUUUGAACCGGGGGACACACAACUGGAGAGGAAAGCAUGGAGUAUUUCAUGGUACCAGCACAGAAGGUGCCCUCCUUGCAACAUUUUAGGAAAACGGAGAAGGAAGUGAUUGGGGGUCUUUGUAGCCUGGCAAACAUUCCUCUGACCCCUGAGACGGCGCGCGACCAGGAGCGGCGAAUCCGCCGGGAGAUCGCCAACAGCAACGAGCGGCGGCGCAUGCAGAGCAUCAACUCCGGCUUCCAAUCGCUCAAGACGCUCAUCCCCCACAGCGAUGGAGAGAAGCUCAGCAAGGUGGGUCCGAGGGAGGAAAGGAAGGGAGAGAAGCUCAGCAAGGCGGCCAUCUUGCAGCAGACAGCAGAGUACAUCUUCGCUCUGGAGCAGGAGAAGACACGGCUACUGCAACAGAACAGCCAGCUCAAACGCUUCAUUCAGGAGUUCAGCGGCUCCUCCCCAAAGAGGAGGCGCGGGGCGGAGGAGAAGGAUGAAGGGAUCGGUUCCCCAGACAUUUUGGAGGAGGAGAAGACGGAUGACCUGCGGAGGGAGAUGGUGGAGCUGAGACAGCAGCUGGACAAGGAGCGCUCUGUCCGCAUGAUGCUGGAGGAGCAUUUGAGACAGGAGGAGGUCUGCUGUGUUGUGGUUGGUGGUACUCAGCCUGAACACGUGUUAGGAACUCACUCCGAGCAGCAGGAGAGAGCCAGCACCCCAGCCCACAGCCCACAGGUGCUGGCCCCCAGGUCGUCCCCCGCCCCCACCCACCACCCCACGGUCAUCGUCCCAGCCCCCGCACCAGCCCCGCCUCCCCAUCACGUCACCGUGGUAACCAUGGGCCCGGCCUCUGUCAUCAACACAGCCUCCACGUCUCGCCAGAACCUGGACACCAUUGUGCAGGCCAUCCAGCACAUUGAGAGCAUCCAGGAGAGGGUGGGGGAGGAGGAGCAGCGCCGGGCGGUGAUCGUCACCCAGGGACGCGCCCUCACAGACACAGCGGGGUCCGACACGGCGUCCGACAGCGAGUGGCCAGAGGACUGCUCACUGCCCUGAGGCCUCCCAUCACACACAGGGGCCAUGAGAGGGGGCCCUGUACAACACCCACAAUACUCUGAUUAUAUGGCCAUUUAUUAGGUUGGAUAGACGGAUCAGACUCACACACACACUGAACUAGGAUAGUCUACUGUAGCUGGAUAAUCACACACUUCUUUCUGUCUCCCUUUUCUGCUUUCUUGCUUUUUCUCAAACCGGACAAAAAACAUCAGUAGAAAGGUGAUGGGUUGACCUGACAGAUCCACAUAGCUCAAGCAGCCAGCAGCCUUCUAAUCGGUCACGAAGCACCCAUUCAACCCACUCCCUCUCUGGGUCUUGCUCCUCCAGAGGGCUGCCUGAGGAUGGAAGUGUCACACCCAGGUCCAGCCUGGUCCCUUGGCUCAGUUGUCAAAUGGAGACUCUUUCUCACCUUCUCCAAAACCAAAUAAGCAACUUCUGCCCAGCGAGCAGGAGAGCGCGCCUGGACAGGACAGGUGUACCCCAACCAGCAGCACAGCCGUCCCAGGUGACCCCACACCCCCCAUACUAGAGAUAAUUUCUACAAGAAAUCUUCUACUUCCUGUAUCUCUUCACCAUAUUUCUACCCAGGGGAAUCUCCCCUGAGCGAUGAGACACUGUGAGCAUUCAAAGACACAUUCUGAAUCAGUUCCAACACACCUUUUGGCUCCUUAGUAAGAGAACAUGUUGUCGAUCUUGUGUUCUGCUCAGUGGCUCUGGUCGAUAAAUCACAGGGAUUGAACUGAAACGUGACAACACAGAAAAGGCCCAUAUUGACGCAGCCAGAGGUCUGUUCAUUUCAGUGGUGCUGUUAGGAGACAAAGCUAAAGCUAAGCUUACUAUGGAAAGAGGAGGAGUGCACUUCUGGUUCCCUCUUUCUCUUUUUGGGCCAUCACACUGUUUACUGGGCUGGGUUCCCAGUAGACAUUUAUAUAGGCGACACUCUCCCCUAAUUAGUAGUACAGAUGAAAACCUGUAACACCGAUUCACCCUUUUGUCUGUUGCUUCUGACAUUUUGGCAUCUAGCUUGUUGAAUAAGCUAAUCGAUGGGUACGUCUUGAGUUUUAAAACCCUUUGUGUGUUUUUGCUGUUGUACACAUAGGGUAGGCUGGUGUAUCUAGCUCCACGCUAUAAUUAGGUGGGUUGUGUCCGGGGUUAGGAAAGCCCUGUAUUUGGGACAGGCCUCUGUUUGAUAUCGUAGGAGAACACACACACCCCCCUGUGCAAUUAAUGGUCCCAGAUCUGAUAAAGCUCCUCCCAUCAUCUGAUAAAGCUCCUCCCAUCAUUUGUCCUUGAAUUUUGGAAACGUCUCUCUGAUGUUUAGAUCCUUAACUGCCAAUGAUAUUGGUUGACUGCGCAUUUGACUUUAUGUUUCCACUAAUAGGAACACGCGUCCUGGGGGGGGGGUCAGGUAUCUCUGGUAUCAGCAUACUACUCGGCAUCGUGAUACUUGGCUUGGUAUCACGUCAUUAGUAAAAUGUUGAUAUUGUGACAACCCCACUCUGAAAAUAGGCACAUUUUCUUGCGGUUUCCACAGAUUUCUAGCGUGUCGCUGUGCAAAACCAAAUGUUUUGUCUCCUUUGUGCCCCGACCAGUUAGCAUCCCUGGCUAUUGUCCGGUUUUAUUAUUGUGCUUUUCAGCGUGUUUCAUUCUCUCUGUAAAGUCUGUCUAUGAUGGUUCUGUUGUGCCCCAGAUAUGACUUGGUUUUACAGGGAUCACAGACACUUUUUCAAAAGCCUGAGUUUUCCCAGGCUGACCUGAUUGAAACCUUGUUGUUUUGGGGGUUCUCCUAUCCCGUGGAGUGAGGGGGGAAUGCAGACACACAUCUACAGUCAUGGUGGGUUCGAGAGACCCAGAUUCUGUGCAGAUUGUCAGAUCCUUACAAUACUUCUAGAAAUGAUUUAGAAUAUGCCCAUCUGGGUUGCACCCAGGAUAACACGCUGCCUGGGGUGUGUGGAGAGAGAGGGGGGCAGCGGUUUGCCAUAACACAGCUUCUAAUGUGCAGGGUAGGCACUGUGAGGCCAGCCUUAACUCAACCCUGGAGUCAGAGUGAGAAAGAGGUAGAGGCUGGCCACACCUAUAUAGAGAAAGCCUGAACACUGUUCAAUAGGAUUGAUACUGUAAACCUUUAUGUCCAGAACCUCCCAAUAUAAAUACACACUUGGUGGCUUAUGCUUUGUUUUAGUGUGCUGCGGUUUCCAAAAGGAGAUGUGGAUGCAUUGUUUUUAGACAUUCCAGAAGAUUCCACCAGUACCUUUAGCAUCUCUAACUGGCACUUUUCAACAGCAAAAAGCAACGAUUUUGUCUGAGGUUAUUUUUGGCCACAAUACGGCCAAUCGCAAAGGAAUCGUUUUUAAUGUAAAAUGAUUUGAUGGUAAAUUGUAUUGAUUUGUUGAUUGUCCCUUAUGUCUUCCCUUUGAGUGUAGAGGGAGUCCAUUUACUGCUGGUCAGAUGAGACGCAUCUCCCUCCUAUCCUUCCUUCUUGGUAUUUACAGUGGAUUCACACUGGCCACGUUCAAGGCCACUUCAUUGCAGUCGCAUGCCAGAACCUCACAAUGCCUGGAUAGGUGUUUUUGUAUCAGCUUACCACAAAAUGACACCGCCAACUGAUGCCGGACUGGAAAGUCAGUGAGGUGGCACGCAGCCAUAGGUUGCUGCAUGCAGUGCGACUGUAAUGUAGUCAGCCUGGAACGCAACCACUGUGUUCACCCAGGAAAAAAACCUACUUAGCCAUGUUGAGUUCCAUUAUUUGGAAAUGGUCAGUGAUUCUUGAGGUGUGCCCUCUAUAAACCUUAUAAUCUGGAUCGGUGGGGGCAGUCCUCUGAUCCAGUCCUAUUGAUUGCUGAACAAAAUGUUGUUUUUGUUUGGUUACGCUUUAUGCUAUGUCCUUAGUAGCCCUUUUCAGUACCUGUGUUCAAACAUUUUCUCUGCUGAUGCCAAGCACUGUCCCAUAGAUGUUUUGUGUAUCUUCUAUACGAUAUCUCUGUUAGAUACAUAACAGAUUGCCUGUGAGGUGGGCAGGGGUCAGGGAGGGGGUCAGUGAAUGGGGGGGGGGUUACGGUUCUAAAGCACUUACUGUACUAUAUAUGGGAGGGGGUUCCUCUUAUUUUUCUGAAAGGGGGCCUCUCCUCGGCUGAAGCUCUUGAUAUGUUGUGAGACUAAAACCACACAGCUGUGUAUUUCCCCCUUUCCCUGUGUCUGACCCGGUCAUAUACCCUGGGUGUAUUCAUUAGGCACCAAACGGAAGAAAAUGGACUGAAACAGGGAGAUACUACCUGACCUUGCCCAAUAAGAAACAGUUGUUUUAAUUUUCCAUUGCUACGGUGUGCCCUAGUGAAUACAACCCCUGUCCCAUGUCUGUCUGUCCCUCAUCUCUUUGUCUGUCUGUAGUCAACACAAGACUCUCAUCCUGUCUUCCCUCUCUGUCACUCACGCCCUCCUCUCCUCCCCAGCUCCUCUUUAUCUGUUGUCUUGUGUUUUGUUGGACAGUCAGUCCACACGGUCGUUGAGAAGCUAUUAUAUUUAGAGGUUUUUUUAAGAAGAAACUUGUGGGUGGAUAAAGAAGAGGCUUGUGCCUUUUGUAAAGACAGAAUAAUAAAGUUUGUACUUCAUUUUUUACAA